AUGCUUAAUUUCUUUUAAUCAAUUUCUUGCUUUUCUAAUCGUGAAAAACUCGAUAAAACUAAUAUAUUUAUCUAAUAACGAGCUCAAACUAUGUCUAUAUAACCUAUAUCAUAUAAGAAUACAUUAGAUCAAGUCCUAAAAAAUGAUAUUAUUGAAACUGAUUAAUACCUUCAAUUAGACAACCAAAACUAUAUUGAAUCAUUCGAGUAUCUAUACAUUAUUAUAUUAUUAGUUUUGAGUCUUCUAGUGGCAUACCAUCUACUCAAUAGCCUUCGGAUUUCAUGGUAUUGAAAGAUGGAAAACUUUAGUAACAAAUUCAAGAUAAAAUUGAAUAAAAUGCCUAAAAAGAACAAAAUUUUACUCGAAGAGUGAGUUUCCAUUUCUAUUUUUUUUAGAAAAGAGUAAUAAAACUUUGGGAUUCCACUGAAGAUGCUCAAUUACGUAUCCAAUAUUAAAAGCAUAAUGGAAAAUGGAAUUAAAUUGUUAAACAUAUGCCAGGAAGAAAUGUUUCAUAAUGUAGUUAAAGAUGGAGAAGAUUGCAACCUGUUAAGAUUGUAAUUAUAUUUGUAAAUAUUUGUAGUUUAAAAGAAAACAAUGGACUUAAGAAGAAGAUGAAAAAAUCUUAGAAUUAGUCAAGUAAUAUGGAAAAAAUUGGAAAUUAAUCGCUUUACGUAAAAAUUAAUUUAACUAUAGUGCCUUAGACUUUCCAAAUAUUUUGAGUAAACAAAUAAGAGAACGUUAUAUAAAUAAAAUCAACCCUGAAAUUAAUACUGGACCUUGGACUGAAAUUGAAGAUGCAACCCUCUUCAAAUUAUAUUAGUAAUAUGGGGGAAAAUGGAGUCUUAUUUCUUCUUAUCUUUAAGGGAGGCCUGUAUUCUUAUAUGAUUAUCUAUAGGAAAAUAUGGUCAAAAAUAGAUUCUAUUGUUAUAUCAGAAGAGUUCAUCUUGGUGUUUAAAGUCCAUAUUAGAUAGUUUAUCAAAAGAAUUCUGAUAAUAAAGCAGAAAAUUCUAAUGAUAAUAUCGAGUUUGAAUGA